UUGUUUAGCAUCUUGUAUUAUUUCAACAAACAAGCAAACAAUAGUAUAUACACCUAUUGGACACCUCUGGGCUUUGUCUUAACGGUAACCCUAAUCCAGGAGGCGGUCGACGAUAUAUUGAGAUUCAAACGUGAUAAACAAAUUAAUCGCCAAAAUUACAAGAAGCUCACACCGAGUGGCGCACAGGUGGCCUGUCAUAGCUCGGACAUGCGUGUUGGUGAUUUGAUCGUGGUGAGCAAGGACCAACGAGUGCCGGCCGACAUGGUUUUUCUCAGGACUAGUGUGAAAACUGGCGCCUGUUUUGUACGCACGGAUCAGUUGGACGGCGAGACGGACUGGAAGUUACGGCUGGCAGUGGCCGACACCCAGUGCUUGGACUCAGACGACCAGCUCUUUGGUUGGGAGGCCUGCGUUCACGCAGAAGAGCCCCGAAGGGAUAUCCAUAGCUUCACCGGCAAAGUCACCGUAGGGUCAGUUGGUAGAACAAGUAUUAGUAAAGAGAUAUCGUUGAACAUUGAGAACACUUUAUGGGCCAAUACAGUGGUGGCGUCGGGCACUGCCAUAGGUCUAGUCAUAUACACGGGUCCGGACACCCGGUCCAUGAUGAACAACAACGAGCCCCGAAGUAAAGUGGGCUUGCUGGACUUUGAGAUUAACACCCUAACCAAAAUACUAUGCAUAGCACUGUGCGUAAUGUCACUGGCUAUGAUUGUGCUCAGAGGGUAUUGGGGCUCGUAUUACGUAAUAGUCUAUUGGGUGCGAUUUGUAAUGGCCUUCUCAUAUAUGAUACCCAUAAGUCUCAGAGUAAACCUGGAGAUCGGGCGAGUGGUCUACUCAUACAUGAUAGGUCGGGACGUUGAGAUCCCGGGCACAGUCGUGCGCACCACUACCAUACCCGAGGACUUGGGCCGUAUAGCGUACUUGUUGACCGACAAAACCGGUACAUUGACCAGGAACGAAAUGGUGUUCAAGAAAAUACACCUGGGCAAAAUCGCGUACACCACCGAGUACUUUGACGAGUUGGUCGCUCUACUCCAGGCCUAUUACGUUCCACAACCGGAACCAUCGCCCAAAACAUAUCAUAGUGGUGGCAGUGGUGGCCAUAGUGGUGGGCACCGGCGCAACCUGUCCAACAUAAGUACGGCCAGCUUUACGGUAGAGCGCAGGCGCUAUAUGCCACAGCACAUGCGCGUUGACUCGUACGAAGUGGACAGGGAUAGCGUGCAACGUGUCCAGCAGGCGGUGCUCGCCUGCGCCCUAUGCCAUAACGUUACGCCUUCGUACGAGAGCUACGAUCCGGUGCCCGACAGCCCCGUGGUUAACGAACUGUCUAAAAUGCCCCCAAUGCCCGACCCCGGUAUUAUCACAUACCAGGCCAGUAGUCCCGAUGAGGUAGCGCUGGUACAGUGGACUGAACGCCUGGGCGUAGCUCUAGUAUACAGGGAUCCGACAUCGAUGAAGCUCCGGGACCCCAACGGCAAUACACUUGCCUACGAUAUACUGCAUAUAUUUCCCUUCAGUUCGGAGACUAAACGUAUGGGUAUUAUUGUGAGAGAAGUAAAGACCGGAGAGAUUACUUUCUUGCUAAAGGGCGCGGACACUGUGAUGGCAACCAUAGUUACGGCCAGCGAUUGGCUACAGGAGCAGUCGGACAAUAUGGCCCGGAGUGGACUCAGGACACUAGUGGUGGCCAAGAAACAGUUAACUGCCGACCAGUACAGG